AUGAGAGGUACUCACCAAUUAAUAACUCAAUUUGAACUCAAUGGAUAUACUCUGCCUUUGAUGGAAAAGAACAUGUGCAUUACUUUUUUAAAAGAUCUACUCUAACAAAAUCCAAUUGAUAUGGACUUUAUUCUUGCUAAUACUUAGCCAUCUCACCAAGAACUGAAAUUGCUAACCUUAAAAUCAAAUAUUCUGUAAUUAAUAAAGGAGGAUAAAGAUCCAUCUAUUUCAUCGCCCAGAUUUGACUAUGCCUAAUUAGAAAGCAUAAUCCCUAAGAAGAAUAGAAAUAAAAUAAAUGAAAUUAAAACAAAAGUUGAAACUCUUUUAAAUAGUAAUAAUAUCGACCCUCCUUUGACUAUAAAGAAGAGAUGGUGGACAGAAGAAGAAGAUUAAUAACUGAAAGAAUUAGUCACAUAACAUGGUGCCAAAAAUUGGAAGAAAAUAGCUUCCUAUUUUGAAGAUAGAACAGAUGUCUAAUGUUUACAUAGAUGGUAAAAAGUUCUGAAUCCCGAUCUUGUGAAAGGUCCUUGGACUUAAGAAGAAGAUGAUCUCUUAGUUAAAUUAGUAACAAAUUGUGGGCCUAAGAAUUGGAGUCAAAUUGCUAAACAUUUGCCUGGCAGGAUUGGCAAGCAAUGUAGAGAGAGAUUUCAUAAUCAUUUAGAUCCAAAAAUAAAUAAAGAGAGAUGGACAGAUGAAGAAGAUCAAACCAUAAUUGAGGCUCAUAAGAAACUGGGAAACCGCUGGUCAUUGAUAGCAGGCCUAUUGAAAGGAAGAACUGACAAUUCAAUUAAAAAUCAUUGGAAUAGCACUUUAAAAAGAAGAUUGAAAAUGUAAAAUAGAUGGGAAGAUCUCUAAGUAGUACCUAGAUAGGAUGAGACUCAAAUUAAAGGAGUUCCAAGAAGACAAGUCUAGAGGAAAGUUAUGUAUUAUAAAACUCCUGAAAAAUUGGUUAAAAGAGAUCCAGUUUCAAGAUAAUUAAAUUUCCUAACUCCAUACUCCAAUAGCACACCAAAAUCUGAGGCUACUCCUAAAAAUCUAAGUAUUGUAUAUCCAAAUUUAUCUGCCUAAGAUUCAGAGAUGAUAGAUUCAUGUUACAUUUUAUUCAAAUAAUUAAGUGAAUUAACAAAUGUGGAUCUUGAUUUCAAUAAAUAUUAUAGUUACAAAUGA